UUUUAAUGACCCCAAGGAUAACGUGUGUUACGAUAACGAAUGUACACUACUGCGAAGUGUGCAUAGAGAAAGAAGAGAAAACUGAAUUCCAUGCCGCCACUUUCAUUAACUCUGAAUUUGAAAUGGACGCCGUUGAAUUUGAAGGCCACCGCCACCGCCACCUCCACCAACAAAGUCACCGAAGUGCCGCUGCCGGAGAAAAUCCGCAACUCGAGAAUUCUCGUCCUCGGUGGAACAGGUCGCGUCGGAGGAUCCACCGCCAUUGCGCUCUCAAACUUCUGUCCCGACCUUCAAAUCCUCGUCGCCGGUCGAAACAGGGAGAAAGGUGAGGCUCUCACCGCUAAACUUGGAGGAAAUGCAGAGUUUGCUCGUGUUGAUAUCGACGACGUGAAUUCACUGGAAACUGCGUUGAAGAGUGUAGAUCUCGUAAUUCAUGCUGCUGGUCCCUUCCAACGUGCAGAAAGGUGUACCGUGCUUGAAGCUGCAAUAAAUACUAAGACUGCGUAUAUUGAUGUUUGUGAUGACACGAGCUACGCAUGGCGUGCAAAAUCCUUGAUGAAAAGGGCGUUGGAUGCAAAUGUUCCGGCCAUAACAACUACAGGAAUAUACCCUGGAGUUAGCAAUGUCAUGGCAGCAGAGCUAGUCCGUGCAGCAAAUGAAAGUAAAGAUAAGCCAGAGAGGCUAAGAUUCUACUACUACACAGCUGGAACUGGUGGUGCUGGUCCAACCAUAUUGGCUACAAGCUUCUUGCUGUUGGGAGAGGAAGUAGUUGCGUAUAACAAAGGAGAGAAGAUCAGAAUGAAGCCAUAUAGUGCAAUGCUCAACAUUGACUUUGGAAAAGGAAUUGGCAAACGAGAUGUUUAUCUAUUGAAUUUACCGGAGGUUAGCAGUGCUCAUGAGAUUUUAGGAGUGCCAACUGUAAGUGCUCGAUUUGGAACAGCGCCAUUUUUCUGGAAUUGGGGAAUGGAAGCUAUGACAACACUUCUUCCUUCGGAAUUUCUGAGAGACAGAAAUAAAGUACAAAGCUUGGUUCAGUUGUUUGAUCCUUUUGUAAGAGCAUUGGAUGGGAUUGCUGGAGAACGCGUAUCAAUGAGGGUUGAUUUGGAGUGCGCAAGUGGACGCCAUACUGUUGGUAUAUUCAGUCACAGGAGACUUUCGGUAUCUGUUGGAAUUUCCACGGCUGCUUUUGCACUUGCAAUUCUUGAAGGAAGCGCUCAGCCAGGAGUCUGGUUUCCUGAAGAGCCUCAAGGAAUUCCAAUUGAAGCAAGAGAAGUUCUUCUCGAGCGUGCUAGCCAGGGAACUUUUAACUUUGUAAUGAACAGGUCACCAUGGAUGGUUGAAACAAAUCCAAAGGAGCUCGGGUUAGGAAUAUACUUAUAAGUCUGCCCGUACCACCGCAAAAUUGAAAUUUAGUAAAAUUCAUUUUAAUGUACUGCAAAGCUGUAAGUGUAUUGUUCUCGGACAUCGUUCAUUUUCAUGCAUGUACGAGAUUAGUUGAUAGAUGUCCAUAAGAAUAAUGCACAAAAUGCUUAUCUGUUUGGAUUUGUGAAAUGAAAAAUGACCUUCGGUAAGAAAAGAAAAAAGAAUUUUGUUAUGUGAUUU